GUUAAAAUUGCUCCCCUUCUCUCUCCCCGAAGCCCCCCGUCUCUCUCUUUCACUCGCUUACAAGAAAGCAGAGCUCCGCGCUUGGAUUCGUUUCCCUCUCUCUUUUCUUCAUCUGGAUCUCUAGGGUCUAAAGAUCCGAUUAUUGGUGUGCUUUCCCCGAUUCGAUCUCGUUGUAUGCUUGAUUAGAGGUUCUUGUACUUCUCUGAUUCGGGCCCAACGCUGGGAGAGGCGUUUCGGGAAUUCUGACGCAUGAGAGCCUACGGUUUGGACCCUCGGAGGGACGCCUCCGGCGGCCGACGCGACCAGCUGCCGCCGACUCCAUGGUUACCUCCCAUGGAGAGCGGCGGCGGAGGCGCGGGUGGGGUUGGGAACCUGACGGACCGGUUUUUUAGGUUGGGCUUGGGUGCCGUUCCCAAUGGGAACCUGCAUCAAGUCAUGAUGGCGGUGGAAGGCGCGGAGAACACCAUCAAGAAACAGUUGGAAGAAAACAACCAAUUAAAGAAUGAGCUCCUACGAAAAACACGAGAAUUAGAGAGAGAUGUAGGAACUCUGAUCCACAUUUCUUUUCAGGUUUAUCAUCCCAAGAGUUUGCUUAGAUUGAAUGCUACGUCAUUAAAGCCUUCUGAGGUUUCAACAAAUGAUCAUGUGGAAGGCUAUGAACCCCAUCAUUCUAAUUCUUCAUCUGGAAAUGAAGCAGAAAGGAACAAAUGGAUGGAUAAUCAUUCAUUGAAUUCUCAAGGUAUCCUUCUGAUCCAUCAGAAUGGAUUUUCUGGGAGGGAGGAACGUUUUGUAGAAACUAGCACAAAUAAUCAGCAACUUGGGAGCAACAAGGUUAAUGGUGAUCUUAAAAAAAUCCCUCUAGUACGGUUUGGUGUAGAAGGUGCUGGUCCAUCUCAGGACUCUACACCAUCAUCUAGAUCCAUUUCUCCAAGCAAGAAUCAAAAAGAUGGAGAACAUGAAAAAAGGUUCAAUUCUUCUGGAAAUGGACUAUUGCCAGUGUCUGAUACCAGCCCAAAUAUUCUCUGGAAACAGGAACUCAUUGUCAAGGUUAGAAAGCAUGAGGAAGAGAUUGCUCAGUUAAGGAAGCAUCUCACUGAUUAUUUGGUUAAGGAAACACAUAUAUGCAAUGACAAAUAUGUUCUGGAUAAACACAUUGCUUAUAUGCGUACGGCAUUUGAUCAGCAACAGCAGGACUUGGUUAAUGCCGCAUCAAAAGCUAUUUCUUAUAGACAAGAUAUUAUAGAGGAGAAUAUCCUACUAUCCCAUGCAUUACAAGCAGCACAUGCAGAGAGGUCAACUUUUGUAUCUUCUUUAGUACCCCUUCUUUCAGAACAUGGCCUCCAGCCUUCUAUUAUUGAUGCUCAGUCAAUUGUCAGUAAUCUUAAGGUUUUGUUCGGACACAUGCAUGAGAAACUAAUCAUUUCUAAGGAAAAACUAAAAGAGUCUCAAUACCAAAUAGCUCCAUGGUAUGCAGAAUCAUCACAUAAUGCAGGCUUUCCUACACAAUCACCUUCCCGUCCACUCAGUUCACAAGUUGCUGUUUCUAACAAGAAUAACUUGGAAAUUGUGCCACAGCCAGCAAAUCCACAUGCUCAAACUCCAAUUUCUUCUUCCAAUUUCCAAACAAGACUUUAUUGGGAGGCAGUUGGAGACCAAAAUCAGCAAUUUAAUCAAAGUAGUGUUCCGACAAAGAGUCUGGACCAGGAUACUGCAGAAAUAUACACUCCUGUGAGGAGGGACCCAGUUCACAAUGAUGCUUCAGCUCAAACAAAUUUAGAUGUCACUCAUGUUGCACUUCUUGAGUCUAAAAGUCAAAGACCAUCUUUUAAGCACCUUGUUAAAAGUGGCAAGACUGAUGAUCCUGAGAUGGUUGCUCUUCAGCAUGGAAAAGAACAUUCUGUACACUGGGCUCCUGGAAACUCCUAUUUACCAUCUGGACAGGAUGUACAGAACUCUUAUUCUUUCCUUCCAACAGUCUAUGAGGAGCCUAGUUCUUCAUUCUCAGAAGCAGAUGAUGAUCCCUUGCCAGCAAUAGAUAGCCUUCGAAUUUCUGGUGAAGCUUAUCCUGGAAGAGAACUUCAAGCAAGUGGGUACUCAAUAAAUGGAACUACAAGUUGUAAUUUUGAGUGGGUACGGUAUUUAGAAGAUGGAUCUGUGAACUAUAUUGAUGGUGCGAGACAACCCACUUAUCUGGUUACAGCUGAUGAUGUGGACUCAUACCUUGCCAUUGAAGUCCAUCCCCUUGAUGAUAGGAAGCGGAAGGGUGAACUUGUAAAGGUUUUUGCCAAUGAGCAAAGAAAGAUAAUUUGCGAUCCUGAAAUGCAAGAGCAAAUUAAGAGAACUCUUUCUGUUGGACUUGCAUCAUAUGAAAUUUCAUUGUCGGCUAAAUUUCUUGAUAUAUGGGAGCCUGCUGUUUUGGCAAUAAAGAGAGAAGGUUACAGCAUAAAAUGUAAGGGGCCACGUGGCGGCGUUGUCAUGGAGAAGUUUCAGCCAAAUACUACUAUUUUAAUUCCAUAUGGACAUCCUACUGAGUUUUUAAUUCAGGAUGCUAGCGGUGAUUCUUUAUUGAAGACAGAAGCUAGCAGCGUGGUGCGAGAUACAAUUGUUCUUACAAUGAGAUUGUUUAAAGCAAUGGCUGGUGAGAAGAAGAAAGGGAGGAAAAGGGGACUCUUUUUCAAAUAGAUAUAUUUACAAAACAAAGGUGAGCAAAAACCGGAUCUUACUGUGCUGUCGUAUCAACUUAUCGUUAAGACUUACGAGAGGAGGUUGCAGUAGUUAACUGUAAUUAAAAUUUAGGAAGUCAAUUGUCACAACUUAAACUUGAGAUGUCUCGUUUGAAAUUUGACCCAUAAUCCAAUAGCUAUGUUUAAGUUUCUCGAAAUCAAAUUAUGACCUUAGCAAUGCUAUUAAAAUCUCUUGUGUCUAUCCCAUGUGAUCUGUAAUGCUGUCACACUCUUUCACAUGGAUUGUGAUUGCACCAAGCGACCCGUAUCGAGUAUUAUUUUUCUACUAGGAGAUAGCAUUCGUUCAAGUUUUAUUCUACUGCAGUCCCAAGCUGUCUGGGUUUGUGAAUACUUGCACAUCUACUAUCCAUUAGUUAAUCAUUCUUCCUAUGGAACUGCAUUGCAAGUUUGAAAUAUUUUGCUUAGAAGUCAACGGCAAAUUGAAGCAUCAUAAUGUUAGGAUUGUCAAUUGCCUCAACCAUUUGAAGAAAGUUCAUUGAAAAAAAAGGGGAAAAAAUUAUCAUCCAUAAAGAUUGACGACAGUACUACAUAUUCAUUCUUUUGGUUCGGUAAACACAAG